AUGACGCUGCUCGUCAUUGCUGUGCUUUUUGUCCUUCUGAUACUGCCGAUAGCAAGCGUGUUUUUCGUCAGUUUUCUGGAUGAGGACACCGGCGCGUUUACGCUUGCAAACUACGUGGAGGUGUUCACUCGGAACUACUACGUGAAGGGUUUGCGAAAUACGCUCACCGUGGGUCUUCUGGGUACACUUGGUGCUUGCCUGAUCGGCGUUCCGCUGGCGUUUUUCACCGCAAGGUUUCGAAUACGCGGCAAGGCGCUGAUCUCGACGCUUGCAAUUCUGGUUCUGGUCGCCCCACCUUUCAUCGGCGCCUAUGCCUGGAUCAUGAUGCUUGGCGCAAAUGGCUUCAUAACCAACUUCUUCAAGGGCCUUGGUCUCAACCUGCCGACGAUCUAUGGCGCUCACGGGAUCAUCCUGGUCUUUACGCUCAAAUUCUUCCCGUUCGUGUUUCUCAUGACGAAAACCGCGCUCGGUUCCGUCAACAAGUCGUUUGAAGAUGCGGCUGAAAACCUCGGCUGCAACGCCUUGCAGCGGUUCUUCCACGUAACCCUGCCCCUGGUAUUUCCGGCGGUAAGCACCGGUGCCAUCAUCUGUUUCGUACUGUCGAUUGCCGACUUCGGGACGCCUGCAAUUUUGGGCCGAGGUUUCCGCACUUUGUCGACGAUCGCAUAUUCCGCCUACACGUCCGAACUCGGCGGCAAACCCACGAUGGCCGUCACGGUUUCACUGGUCAUGAUGGCGAUCUCCAUACUGGCUCUUUUCAUUCAGCGCCGGUUCUUGUCAAAGCGGCGCUAUGCAUCCGCCCUCACCAACCGGCCAGUCAUCCAGCAGCUGAAAGGCUGGCGCAACUGGGGUGCACACGCCUUCUGUUAUGCCGUUGUCAUAACCGCGAUGUUUCCGACACUCGUGGUCGUCUACACGUCGAUCCUUGAAACCAAUGGUCCGGUCUUCACUGGCGAAUAUGGUCUUUCCAGCUAUCGGCGGGUGCUGCUGGAUGCGCCGGAAGCGAUCUUCAACAGUUUCCGGUUUUCUCUGAUCGCUGUGGCCGUGAUUGCUGUUUUCUCCGGAUUGAUCUCGUACCUGAUCGUUCGGCGGGAAAACGCGGUUUCCGGGACCAUCGACGUCCUCAUGAUGGUUCCCUACCUCGUCCCCGGCGUCGUGAUGGCAAUCGGCUUUGUCACGACGUUUCGAUCAGGCUGGUAUGACCUCACUGGUACCGGCUUGAUCAUCGUCAUGAUCCUGUUCAUUCGACGAUUGCCGUAUGGCGUCCGGUCAACCACGACCAACCUUCGACAGAUCAAACCGUCAUUGGAAGAAGCCGCGGUCAAUCUUGGAGCGUCUCCGCUGCGGGCCUUCGUGUCGGUAACGGUUCCGCUGAUCCUCCCCGGUCUGAUUGUCGGCUCCCUGAUGAGUUUCAUAACCGCGAUCAACGAGCUUUCCUCCACCCUGAUCCUCUACAACUCCAAAACAGUAACCAUGCCCGUGAAGAUCUACAUAUCGGUGCUCGACGGCGAAUUUGGCCUCGCUGCGGCUUUGUCCACGAUCCUGCUCGUUUGCUCGGGACUUUGUGUCUAUGCGGUCUUCCUGCUCGCUGACGAUCGGGAAUCGUCAUUUGUCUAG